CACAUAACAAAAAGUAAAAAUGGUUCGUGAUUCCGAAUGCCCUCGCACGUUUUAUUGUCUGUUCUACUCGUACGCGUUAUUCACCGCCAACUUGGCCGCUGAGAGCGUGGCAAUAACUGAGUUGCGAGUACCGAGCACUGUGCCAAACGGUACGAAGGGUGUUGUUUUGGAUUGCAUGUACAACAUCAAAGAAAACGAAACGGCCGGCUUAGUGAUCACUUGGUACUUCAACGAUAGCCCUACUCCUUCUUACCAGUGGAUACCCGAUCAGGCACCACGGAGCUUGGGUCCACUCCGCAAACGUAUACAGCUCGACUACGCGGUCACUAACAACCCGUUGACCAAACACCGAGCCUUGUAUAUCAUCCAGCCUACCAUCGAACUCACUGGCAACUUCAAGUGCGUCGUGUCCACGUACAAAGACGAAGAUUUCAUGUUCAAGAGAAUGAUUGUAUACGCCGCCGACAAGAAUAUGCAGUUGUAUCGAUCCAUUUCUAACAGACCGUCCAAAGUUAACAUUUCCUGUUCCGCAGACGCAGUGUUCCCGAUGCCCGUUUUGCGCCUGUUCAGAGUCAUCGAGGGUGAAGACGGAAAACCCAGAAACGACUCCCUGAUGAUCGAUCAAGUCGACUACCAAAUCAAAGGUGCCUACUACAUCACGGUGUACACUAUGAUUCCCGAGACACAAUUGCCGUCCAAGACCAUGUUUUACUGCGAGCUCGAAAUACCUUACACGCCAUACAGGAACGCCAAGAAAUUCUUUUACAACCCCGGAAAUUCUGAGAGUCUUCAAGUGGAAAACCUCACAUCAAGAAACCAAUUUUCAAAAACAAUCGUCUGGACAAUGUUAUUGGCAAGACUGUACUUCACACUAUUUUAAAGUGUCUACAAGCAUUUAAUUAUCUUAUUUCUUUACUAAUGGACAUACAUCUUAUACUGUGACUUAAAAAAAUAACUUUAAGUAAACUUAUAAAUUAUUUAAAG